GCUAGUCUGCCUGAGCGAGCCCGACUGGGGAUUGGACUUUAAACGUAGCUGGUGCAGUCUCGCCUUUUAAAUCCCGCCGCGAUCCUUGCGUCCUCCUGCUUUUAAAUACACAGAAUCAUGACCCUCGAGGAAUUCAACGGAGUUGAGGAGCAGCAAGUGGAAAGCUCUGAAAGGAUGCAAGUUGCUGGCAAAGCCCUGGAGGAGUUGCUGAGCUCAGCACAACGGCAGCAUUGCUUGACGGUUGGAGUCUACGAAUCUGCAAAAGUCAUGAAUGUUGACCCGGAUAGCGUAGUGCUUUGCCUCCUUGCCAGCGACGAACAGGAUGAAGGUGACAUCGCUCUGCAAAUCCACUUCACUUUAAUUCAGGCAUUUUGCUGCGAUAAUGACAUCAACAUAGUGAGAGUGAAUGAUAUUCAGAGGCUGGUCGAGAUCGUUGGCAGCGGUGCUGACAAUGAGGAGCCUAGAGACAUGCACUGCAUUCUCGUCACUAAUCCAAGCCAAGACUCCUGGAAAGAUCCAGCUUUAGAAAAACUUGGUGUCUUCUGUGAAGAGAGUCGUUACACCAAUCAAUGGGUCCCCAACAUCUCCUUUCCUGAACGUUGAAAGUUGUUGCAAAGACUUUGGUGGUUGCUAGAAAUGUGUUUUGAAGUCUCUAAGGGAAAAAUGGUGACUUGGUGGGUCUACAGAAUAGACUGGUGAACUGACCAGUCUCGUCGAUGUGAUGACCAGUAUGCUGUGGUGAUGAAACCAGAGGUAGUGAUGAGGACUGGUGAUUGCAAAUGGUUGGUAAAAACGGACUGUGGCGCACAACAGCUGGGACCUGGAGCAGUGAAAAGGAGAUGGAAGUAUAUUGUGCAUCUCUGCAUAUGCUGCAGAGCUGUUUAUGCAACUUGAAGGAUGAAUGUUUGCAUCGGGUUAGACUGUAGGACUGUCUGAUGCUAAGUACACUUGUGAAAUAGUUAAUGUUGACUGCCACAAUGGACUUCCAAGGUCUCAUUUGCAGUUGAACUUGAUGCAAUCUUUAAGUAUACUUUGUU